CUGGGUGGGUCCUCCUUCCCCCAGGCAGGAGCCCCUGAAAGACUGAUUGAUUGACUGGGGAGAAGGAGAGAAGAGAGAAAGAGAGAGGGGCAGCCAGCCCAUCCCAUCCCGUGCGAUGCUCUGGCGCAAAAGGUAAAUUCAUCGUCCCAUUCCGCCCUCCUCGUCAAGACCUUCUCGUCACAGUCCAAAGGUCGGGAAACCUGGACUAGUCUACAACCCGCAAUACUACAGCAGGAGGGAGGGCCCGUGUCUCGUCCCGACUGAACGCCCUUCCUUUCAUUGCUUGCUUGCUUGCUUGCUUUGCUGCUUGCUGCUGCCACUCACCACCACUUGGUUGUUUUGAUCAAACUUCCCCUUCCUAUCCUGUUCUGUUUCCAUCCUCCUCUUUCUUCCCUUCUCAUCCUCGCUGCUGCCAGUGCGUCGCUGGACUGGCAGACUGGACGGCACAGAGUCGACAUAUUACCCCUGACUAGGCUGCUUUGGUGGCUAGCUCCCACUUGUCGCGUUACCACGCCAUACCUUGACCCGACUGCCACUUGCACGGCAUCGAGAAACCGACCCGCCGGUCCUAUCAUAUCCACGAGCACGACACUCCCGCACGUCUGCAAAGCUGCUGUAGUACAUCCUGUCUGUCUGCCUUACUGUUCCUAUCUCUCUGCCCAUUCCUCUGCAGGCAUUGUGAGCUGCCUGACUCGGCCACCAAGUACGUCGGGUCGCCGGCAUCAAUUGUCGAUUCUAAGGCGCUUAAUCGAGGCUUCGACCCGUUCAUGCCACUCGCCGCACGUCGCGAGGCCCUGCCACCAACUCGAGCGUCACUCGUUCUCGUCUCCGGUCCGAACAGACAGCCACCUAUCGAGGUUUCGACCCCAGACCUGCUGUCCAUCGCAACGCACCUGCAGCCCUGAAGACCAGGGACCUCUCGCGACAGCCCACCACGGACUGCACUUUUGCAAGGCCUUGUCCUUUCGCUCUUGCCCACUUUUCCACACCGGCAGCCAAUUCGUCCCAAAUCCGGGACCGUUUCCCUGGACGGCCUGUCUCUAAAUUUGCUGGCGCCCGCCCGCCCAUCUUUUUCGUCCGGAGCGUCUUCCGUGCCGCCUGAAACGAACUCACUUUGUUGGUCCAUGCCCUAGUGGCUUCCCCCGAGCAUAGCGCCAGCCGUACAUUUCAAAGAAUGAGCAAUCCUCAACGCUCCAGUUUCGGGAUGCUGCUAAGACGCAGCAAGUCAGGCGAGAUGAAGGGAGGAAAGAAGGCCCAACAGGCCGCCAGAGAGGCAGAACUUCAGCGCCAGCGAGAUGCUGCAGUCCCCAAGUCCCCGCCCCGACUCCCACAGCUCUACAACGGGGCCCCCGCCCCCCAAUUCGACCACUUUGGCGUUGACACCCGCCCCGACUCCAUCGCCAUCGUGUCAGGCAGAGCAGACCAGCGCGAGUACAGCACCAGUCUCCACCGCCCUUCAAUGGAUCCGCCCCGCGUCUCCACCAGCACUGCUCCCGCCGUCCCUCCAGUCCCCAACGGGAAUUGGGUCGACCCGUACGCGCGCACCGAGAGCAUGACCCACCGUGGACGUUACAGCUACGCCAGUAGUGCGGUCAGCACUGUCAACAGCCCUCGGCGCGUGCGCAGGAGGAAGGACCCUACCCCUUUCAAUAUCCUGAUCAUCGGAACGCGGGGUUCCGGCAAGACCUCAUUCCUCGAGUUUCUGAAGACUGCCCUUGCCCUGCCUGCCAAGAAGCGCGCCAAGAGCACCAUCGAGGACGAAUCCAGCUCCAACCGGGCACAGCCCUCUGGCAACUUCAUCCCUCAUUUCAUCGAGAGCGAGAUCGAUGGCGAGCGCGUUGGAGUCACCCUCUGGGACUCGGAGGGGCUGGAAAAAAAUGUCGUUGACCUGCAGCUGAGAGAGAUGUCAACGUUUCUGGAGAGCAAGUUUGAGGACACAUUCGCCGAGGAAAUGAAGGUCGUGAGGUCGCCUGGUGUACAGGAUACCCAUAUCCACGCAGCUUUCCUGAUCCUCGAUCCAGCUCGGCUGGAUCGCAACAUUGCAUCCACCAAGGCCGUCUCAGCCAACGGCAAUGGCAAGUACCACCCAGAUACCCGGAUCGUCGGCAGUCUGGAUGAGGAUCUCGAUCUACAGGUGCUGCGGACACUGCAGGGCAAGACAACCGUCAUUCCCGUCGUCGCGAAAGCCGAUUCCAUCACAACCAAGCACAUGAACGUCUUGAAGAAGACUGUCUGGGACAGUCUCAAGAAGGCAAACCUGGAUCCUCUCCAGGUUCUGGGCCUGGAGGACGACGAUUACGAUUCCCCGCCAUCCUCGAGCCGAAUCCCAGAGGAGCCCGAGUCGCAGGACGAGGAUGAACAGAGCGACGAGGAGGAAGCUGAGGUUGAUGAAGAGGGAGAAUUGCCAAUUCAGGGCAACGAACCCACCAGUUCUCCCAGGCAGUCGGUCACUUCCGUGCGACGCAGCCGGACAGGGGACGAGCUGAAAGAAGACGAGAUCCCGUAUAUUCCCAUGUCGAUCAUCAGUCCCGACAUUUACGAGCCCGAAGUUCUCGGCCGAAAGUUCCCUUGGGGCUUCGCAGACCCAAACAAUGAAGAUCACUGCGACUUCCUCCGGCUGAAGGACUCGGUGUUUGGCGAGUGGCGCAACGAGCUCCGCGAGGCCAGCCGGGAGCAAUGGUACGAAGGAUGGAGGACGAGCCGCCUCAAGCAGCGCGAUGGACCAGUUCGACGUCGAUAGGAGAAGAGGUUCGGACCCGUUGAUCCAGACGCGGAACCCCGUUUUGAUAUCCAGGCACACUAUCGUCAAGCCCAUAAUCACAGGGUUGCGACCGUCUAGGGUUAAUACUUCCUCGCCCAAGUACUCUUCGCUCUUCCGACGCGACACACCCAGCCCACCACCUCUGGGACUUCCAACUCAUUUAUACCUCUUUUAACUCUUAUCAGUGGUGCUGAAGAGGCCCAAUGCGUCCUUCAGAAAACCCCAUUUCGGCUGUAGAAAUUAUUUCUUGCAAGUACCUCGUCGCCUCGAUACCAUGGGCCAGGCUGGGGGCGUCAUGGACGAUUCCACCUCCUCAGGACAUUUGAUGGGGGGCAUACGAUGGCAGCACAAUCGCGUCUGCAGGCGUUACUUUACGAGUUCCAUUCUACGUCAACAAACAUUUCAACACCAACCCGACUCUUCUCAUUGCUUGAGGCUUCUUUCCAGGAGACGGUUAAUGACUAAACUUCUCUUCUUUUUUUAUUUCGUUUGUCGUGCACUUCUAGGAUUCCCCAAUUUUGGUCGGAUUUGCUCAGCAGAAGAUCGGGGGAAAGGGGGGCUUGGGGGCUGAGAAUGAGAAGGUGGAGAAAGGGUCAAACCGAGGACCGUUUUGAUAUCAGAUACCUUACAAGCUGCUGGCAAGGCUAGGCUGUUAGUUUGAGACUUUACAUUACCUAUGUAGGCAGGAAAGAGUGGACGAGAAAAUGUGAGACAUCAACUCCUGGAACAGUCUUAUUUGUCGCAGUGCCGUCCUUUGCCUCUACCAGGCGGGGAGUGGAAAUGUACACAUCUCUCAAGGACCACCGGCUCUGUCCAAUCGCCUCUUGCCACCGCAAUGCGGAUGUAUAAUUUGAUUAAUCGAUUAUUUUUUUCUCCCUUGUG